AUGGAGAAAAAUAAGGUUGUGAGUGCCUCCUAUCCCAGUGUUGUUUUUAUUGACAUUCAUUCCUGUUAUAUGCACUCUGCUGUCGUUUGCGACUUUUCUGUCUUCCUCAGCGCCGCAUCCACCUUCACUUAAGUGCUUUCACUUAAGAAGGCAUUCGCCUGAUCCUGCGUCCGGUCUUCUUGACUUUGUACUGGCACCGGGUCUAUGUGGAUAAAGAGGGUAGUGCGGUAGAUGCGGCGUAAGUCUACUAUCCCUAGACUAAUUCACGAGCAACCUAUGGUCGCUGCGCUCACCCUGCCGUGGCGCACACUGUGGACGUCGUGGAAAUCGACGGUCGAACUGCCACCUGAACUGUAUGCAGUAUUGCUAUGUCGAGUAAAUGUGUACUAUAGAAAACGGAUUGGGUGUUGUAUAUUUCGGCCAAGGCAUCUAUUGCUACGAAGAAGAUAACCCUUCUGUCACUAGCCCGUUUACAUUUACUUUGUGUGUUAAUAUAGACGAGCAAUUGUCGAUAUGGUGCAAAGUAAUCAUCUCGGCCAAAAUGAAAACUGUAUACUAAGUUCCAAGUAGGGUUUGUUUAGUUAUGGCUUUUACCGAGCAUUCACUACUGACGACCCUUUUCAGCUUCCUUGUUUGCUUGGGCAUGUUUCGCAAAUAGGUGUCGCCCAUUGAGGAAACCAUUCUGUUUCACUGAGUCGGUGGCUCUUUCAAGUCAGAAUGCAAAUCAACAAAGCUGAGAGUGCAGAUCAGAUGUCAGCCAGCCAGUGAGCCAUUUUGCUGACUACAAGUUCAAUUGAGUGUUGUCCAUAAGGUUUGUUCCCAAGUCACGCUACCUUGCAGGCCGUGAGGAAUCGCAUGCACAGGUCAUGCCCUAGGGCAUGAUCACUGGGAUUGACUAAUAGGAGGAUGGGUUGCAUGGCAGCACUUUUGACGGGGAAUGGGGCGAGUACAGUAGCCCUGGCACCAUUCAAUAAUCUACUUUUCGCCGUUCGACCAUCUCUGCCUACGGAUAAGUGUGUAAGUAAUGUGUGCCGCCGUCGUCUCGGACGAAACAGUCGGAGCUCACCAUCCAAAAAAGUCGACCGAGACGAUUCUGGCGCGCUCAUUGAUUCUGCCAUCGAUCCGAAGCCACUGCCCACCAAGAGGCUCGAAAAGAAGAUCAGCUGAAUAUCUGGCUCAACAAAGUUCGUCAGGACAUGGAAGAGGUUCUUAAACCCUCGUUGUUCGGUUUCCGUCACUGGAGGAGGGAAUAAUCGAGCUGUCGGGAUCCGCUGCUUCAGAUCGUCGCGCGUGGAGAGGUACAAUUCACAAUAUCAUCGAGGUCGGCUAGAUCGGGCAUGAUGACAGCUGUACCAAGUAUAUGGGUUGAGCUAUAAUCGAGAGAAUUUGCCUGUCGUAGACCUUACUCUUCUCGCUCUAAGCAUGCUCUAGGAGCUCGGCUUAGUCGAACUCCUGGAGUUGUAGUCAUGCGCAGUUGAUGAUCGGGCCUGUUUUCGAUUAGCGUAUCACAGCGUGUAGCCGGUUCUUGUUCAAAUAGUCUGCACUGUCUGACAGUCCUUUUUAAGUUUGGCUCCCCAGCGCUAACCCAUUUGGACUCGGAAGCACCUACCGUGGACGAUGCUUGGCAGGCUGAUUUAGGCGAUACCGAGAAGCGUUUACUAUGCACUCACAUAACCUUUACGCGUAAUGAACUAAUGGCCUUCGUAAGAAAUUAAUCCUUUUUUCAUACAUGUUUGGCAGACUGAAUAAUUUAUAUCUACCCAACUGUGAAAAACUUAGCGCCUCGGUGGGAUUCGAACCCAUGACAGCACGGGGUAGGCUUUAGUACAUCCAACGCUCUAGCCACCUAAGCUACGAGGCCCCACUGGAAGACGGGAAUUUAAUCACAUUUGGGUCAAGUUACUCGCCCAGCCUACUGCAGCGUCUGGAAUCCACCAAAUCUGAUGCAGCAAGCUGACUGCCAAAGCAGGAUUUCCUAAGCAAACCACUUAGAAUCCACCAGGUGACUACCUGGCGCAAGUAAAUCAUAGGUGUUUUGGCAGAUUUUGAAUAAUUCAUAUUGACCUAACUCGGCGUCUCGGUUGAUUACUUCGGAAAUUCUGCUUGGGCAGUUAGCCUCCUGUAUCAGAAUUGGUGGAUUCAAGACGUUGCGGUAGACUUGGCGGGUAAAUUGACUCAAAUGUGAUUCAGCCCACGUCUUCCGGUGGGGCCUCAUGGCUGAGGUGGCCAGAGUAUUGGCUGUAUUAAGACCUUCCUCUUGCUGUCUUGGGUUCGAAUCCCACCGGGGCUCCGAGUUUUUCACAGUCGGGUAAAUAUGAAUAAUCCCUUUUUCUACAAGAACACAAGCGUUUAUGCUGCUUUCCUAACCAUUACUUGACUAGAUGAGACUUCACAUGUGUCCUAAAGUAGGCUGAGACUGAGUUGAGAAUACUAAGUCCUUUCAAUGCGCUUAUGAUGGACAUUAUUUUCUGACCAACCUCUUAAUUGCCUUGACAAUGUUGACUUGAUUUUUGUACUUUUUCUGCUGCAUCUGACCCACAUAUUUUGAGUUAAUUGGGCUUAUUUUUAGUUGGAUCUUACACGUCUCUCGCAUUCAGAACUGAAGGAUUAUGGCAACAAAUUUUUUGCCGCCUCUGACUGUCGGCGUGCAGUCGAGUGCUACAGUCAUGCUAUAAAGAAGAACGGCUCAGUCUCGACGUACUACUCUAAUCGUGCAUUGUGUUAUGUUCAGUUAAAGCAGUACGAUAAGGCAUUUGCCGAUUGCAGGUAACCGUCGACCCUUUUUGCCCUUCUUUUGCGAAUCACGCUUACGCAUUAUUGGGUGGUGUAGAGGAUGGCUAAAGUUUAUAACUUAGACUUCUGCAGUAGUCCAUUCUCACUCGUCCUGAUUGCUAUUCUACAUCUUAUUUCUGACAAUGUCUAAUCAAUAAUCCGAUUGGAUUUUUAUCACAGAACUGAUUUAUAUUCAGGAGUUCCAAAAUAUAUCGAGACAAACAAGAGUUAUGCGAUCAUAUAUAAAUUUCUCCGAAAGCACAAGGCCUUUAUCCAACAGCGGCUUGCUACUUUUUGUAAAAGGAUAUUUAUGUGCUUUUUGUCAGACGUAAAUAGUCUUAGUUACUUUCCCAUUCGUGAAAAACUUGGUGGUCUCGGUGGGGUUUUUAUCUUUAACAUAAAUGGCUAUCCUUCAGUGCAGCCAAACACUUCUGCAUGAGUCAUCAAUGCAGGGCUUUAAGCUUUUCACUGUUAAGUUGGAAUUGUCUACACAAACCACUGUAAAAUCCACGAAUUCUACCCAAUGAGUUAACUGCCCAUGCAGAUUCUCUCAAGCAGUAGGUAAAAUUCACCAGAUGACUACCAGACCCACUUUUAAUAGCUGCUUCAGCAGGUAUGAACAGUUCUGACUUACAUAUCAAUCGUGAAACAUUGAUGUUUCUGUCGCCGACCCGAACCACCAGGUUCUUCGCAAUGGGAAGUCGGUCAAAAACUCGAUUCCUUAUAUAUAACCGCUUAAUCAAAUUAAGUACGUGCAAAAUAUUACUCUUCCGAUUCGUGCGCGGGUUCUUUCGUAAAGCUAGUAACUUUUCCUUAAGCUCGGGCGUUUUCAAGGAAUUAAUUUAUGCAGCGAGUUAUAGUUUCAUACCGAAAACCUAAGUGGACAUGGAAUUCGAUUCCCCUGAAUGGUUGUGUUAAAAUGUAAGAUGGAUCCUCCUUUACUAUCCGUCUAGGAAACGUUUCAAGGUUCAAAAAUGCCAAUAAAUUUUCUAAAACCUUUAGCUAUAGGACUGGACUUCAUAUCGACUAAAUUACAAGCAGGUAUUGCUUAAAACGUAGAUUCAUCAUUUUCUGUUGUUUGUGGAAAACUUCGGUGAAGGGACAUUAUACGUUCCAGCAUUUAAUUGAGAAAACUCGGACGCCUUUCUGUUGGAAUCUCCCUGAUAAGCAGUAUGCAGUCCUUAUUUUCUAGCCAACACCGUUUAUUUAUCCGAGCCUACAAGCCUUUUCGGAGGGCUUUAUUUAUAUAGUUCUAAUUUUUAUGACUGGCGCUAGGUUUCGUGUUCUGUUCUCUGGUGUUAGCCUCGCCUGACGCCUUAGAUAGCUGGCAGCUUUAGGCGGGAAAUCCCGCAACCGCUGGUCGUACAGCAGGCUUUGUAAUUUUGUAAGUGAACUCUAAGCAUUGCAUUUGAAAAAGUUUCCAUCAAGCCGUGGUUUCAAACCAAACCUGCGAGUUUGACUUUUGUAAUCAUAAGUACGCAGACACGAGUUGGUUUUUCAAGUGAACGCAUAGGGAAAGUUGUACAUAAGCGAGCACCUUGGGCAGUAACCACACUGAACUGUACUCUGCCCCCAUAUCUAUGAAUAAUCGGUCAGGAAAACGACUGUAUUUGUACCUCGACCGGUUAAGCUGUGCCUGUCUGUGUGAUUUACAGCUGGGACUGUAACGAUUCUCGUUCGCCUCGGGAUUUCGACAAUCAAGUCUCGAUACGACCCGUCAACGAUACAAUGCAUUAUGAAAACGAAGGUUGCCUGUAGAACAAGUCCCGUUCACCCCAGCCUGGUCCUGCCUAGGAGGAAGACGACAUGGGGUUCGAAAAUAGGCACCUUAAAAAAUCCUCGACUGUUAAACAACAUAUCCUAUCGACGGAACUAUUUUAAAAUUCCCGCCUUUUUACUCCUGUCUCCUUUUCGUACUAGAAUCUGUGCCUUCCAAGCAGUUUGCUUCUUUUCCGUCCUCUGUACAGACGGGCCCUGGAGCUGGACCCGAGCAACCUGAAGGCAUUUUUCUUUGCUGGUCAAUGCCAUCUGGCUCUGGGAAAAUACGAUGAAGCAAUUGCAAAACUCACAACGGCGCACAACCUCGCUCUAGAAAGUCAUCGCAACUUUGGAGACGAUAUAACCUCUGUGAUUCGCGUCGCCAAGUGGAAACGCUUUGAGCAGCUAAAUGAAAAGAGACGUCAACAAGAAAUCGAACUUCAGGUAGGGUAGCUAUUUUUGACCCAUUUCACUGGUUGUACGCUUUCUUUGUUGCAACCAUCCGUGCCGUACGCUAGAUUCUCCCGUCUGAGAAAACCAUUGCAUGCUCGCCAGUUACCGUCAGUUAUACAGAUUUUCGAGCUGGGUUUCAUUUUGAGUUUUGUAAGACAUGAGUUUUGAAUCUUGACCGACAGCCAUACUUACGAAGCAUCAUUUCCUUAUAACAUCCUUCCGCGUCCUGAAAUGCCCAUAUGUACUUUAACUACCAGACUUUGAAUGUUCCGGAAAGUUGCAGUGGAUGAUGACAUCACAGAUAAUUCAUGACAGUUUGACCGUCGUUCACGACGAUGCCCACUAAGUGAUCCACAGCAGAGUAGGUGCAGGGACGGUGACUGGCACGUGAAUUAUUUUAAAGUGAUAGUAAACUUACACUGAACCUACCGCACUCCUUCCUCCCUCACCUGGAUCCGCUGUCAAGAAGGCCGGAGACUGGAAAGGACAUAAUUGACUGGCGUGACGUAAACCCGCACCUAGGCGUACCACAACGUCCCUGGUCCACAUCGUACACUAACAUAGGUUUUACACAACAAGAGGAGAGGGAGGACGGCUCGGAUCCCACGGAAUGGGAGUGCCAUAGAUGCCACAUUAAGAAGGAGCCAUUGCAGCCUGACUCAGUCCACCAGUCGGCCACUUCUCGCAAACGCUCACUGGGCUGACUGCAAGGUCCGAGUUCCAUCGUCGGUUGACAACCCUCCAAGCCACGGCGCUUAGUGCAUCGUGAUAGCUCCCGGUCUUGGAUUAAACAUGCAGCAGAGUAGCCACAUGGAGAGAGAGAGAGGGAGAGAGGGAGAGAGAGAGAGAGAGAAAGAGCGGAGAAGCACACAUCCCACUUACGUGAGAGGUGCCAAUUGCGUGCUUACGUUGUGUGAUGUUGGGUGCGGUAAUGUUUGUUGUAGGUGGAGGUGGGCCCGCAGUUCCUCGCUGUCUGCAUCUGUUAUGUGUGCAUUUGACCAUGCAUCUAUGGCUUGUUUUUAGGUGUAGCGUUUGCAAGAUCAUCGUUUUGGUAAAAAUGGGUCGUCAUGUAAUUGGUCAUCUCGAUCUUGUAUACCCCAUCCCUUGAUGCUCGGGUAGCACUGCCGCUGUGGGUCCGUCCAACCGUUUGCCACUUGUGGCCGCCCCCGAUAUCCAGCAUCUUGACCAAAAGGCAGAUGACACCUUCGCAGCAUAUGGACCCAAAUCGAUACUGUUGGCGGGAGUUUUGCUGAAUUUCGAAGGUGUUUUUGGCUCCUCUGCGAUAUCUUAAUUACCAUUAAACUUCGUGUGUGCCGGAUAUUCGUUCAGCCUGUUCUCAGUUGCCACUGUGAAUGCUAAUCUUUGCGUGUCCAAAGCUGGUCCCUAACACUUGACCGGACACUUUAUCCGAGGUUUUUCCUCGAGUGCCUUCACUUACCAAUACCUACCUCCUGGAUAGAGGUGGAAAUAGUAUGUAUUUGGUACCGACUCAUAAUAACCAUGUUACAGUGCUAUCCGCGGUUGUUACGGUGUGCCCGUUGGUAUGCCACCUCCGGGGUUCCCGUGUCUUUGCGGCAAUGUGGCACAUUUACCUAUUUGCGGUUGUAACUUUCGCUGAGGGCUUUUCCACUAUCCGCCACCCGUGCAUCCAUUGGGUAGCCAGGUGCUAAGUUGGAGACUACUGGAAGUUGGCCCCAUACCACCUUCCUUUACUAUCAGUUGACGGAAGAUUUACGCGACGCCAGGCACAUGAAGCACGGCGUACGGGCCUAGAGGCCUACCUAAGCCCCGCUUUUACGUCCGCUCAUUAGGUAAGCAAUUUAUAAUCGUGAACAGUUAAUACGUACCGCCUAUAUGUAACUCCACAACCUAAGUGCGGGUCCGGCCGCGCCAGCCAACUGCGCGCUCACCCGCCCCCGGGCCCCUUGAUCUUUUGACAUCGGGCCCAGGGGGAGGAGUAUGGUAGAUGUUGCGCAAGUCUACUCUCAUUACAAAAAAGAUCACACCCAAGUCACCUUGCCUGCUCUCACCCUGCUGUAGAGCGCACGGUGGACAUCAUCGGUCAUGACGAUCAAACUGUCAUCUGUAGCACCUUCAGAAUUGCUCUCUGUAUUUGCCUUCUUUACAGCGAAUACCUUAUCCACUUAUCUCUUCCGUUGACCACCUCGACACCACCAUCCAGCGUCAGCUUUACGCGGAUAGCCUCAGGUAAAAGCAUCAGAUAACUGAUCCAUCCAAGUCAAUAGGCAAACACGACACAUUUGGCGAGUAGUGUUGCUGACCGGCUUUAUAGACGUUCGUACUCAACGCCUUAAAGUGGGUUAUCCGAACUGGGAAAUUCUGCCUGCUAAAAUCAGGCCAUCUACUCAAUUCAGGUCAACAACUCGCAGUUCAUUGUCCCCCUACUCAGGCACACCAGGCGAAUCGAGCAGUGGGCGGUGUACCUUAUAUUCGUGACAGUUUUGCCAUUGGUCUGCUUGAGUGUUUUUCGAUUUUAAGCAAUUGCCUCAUCCUCUGUGAUAUGCCGGUUUAAUUUCUUGCAUAGACGAAAACAGCCUUCCCUAGAAGGGUUUUAUUGUCACUUCAGUGUUUGAAACAGUCAGUUGCAAAUUGAAUUGACCUGUAGACAUGAGCACUCAUUCAUUCUCUACCUCCUUUUUAGACUUACCUAACCAGAUUGAUACUAGAAGAUGCUGAAAAACGACGGAAUAGACUGCUGAACAAACCCAACGCAACUGAUUGUGGUGGUUGUAGUUACGGCAGAAAGUUUAGCAACGAUGAGACUCUUAAAAAAGCGAAGGAGGCAGAGGGAGGAGAGACGACGGGAGAUGACGUGACGGCACCUGGCGACACCAAAACCGACGAGGAUGCGCAGGUGUCACGAACUGCUCCCGCGAGCGAAUCGGUGGCUCAGAACACACAGGUGGACGCCAGUGUCUCAAUUAUCCAUCAGGACAACUUAGACGUCGCAGCUGCCUGCUCUCAGAUCGACGCGGAAGCCGCGCUGCGAAUACGUGAGGUGGACGAGAUGUUCACCCAGGUUUGUUUUCUUACUCAUGCGCAUCCCUCGUUGUCAGCUUUACUUCAGCAUAUUGUACAAAUGGAUCAGUGAGCUGUCCUUGUGGCUCUCCUCCCAAACUAACUUACCGACAACAGAUCCUAGAUGAUUCCCGCAUUUCGAAAUCCAUCUCUCCUCUCGGCGAUGCUAAACAUAAUCCAAUAGUCAGCUCCGAUAAUUUAAACUCCACUGUCAGGUUAAAACCGCAGGCAAAUUUACCUACCCGCCAUACAGCUUGUCCCCUGUUUUGCCCUGACAUUCUCCUGUGCAAUAUACUUGCAACGUUGGUUUUAAAGGCCGAUUGUCUGAAACUUUCCAAACGUACAGAAAUCAAGUACCUAUCGGUAUUGCCUAUCAUAAUUUACCUAUUUGUGUUCUCUUCCAACCAAAACCUUAGCUCUUGUAUAAUUAGGGUCACAAUGUUUCCAUGGUGAGUUUUUCAGCUAUGAACAAGUUUUUUUCUGAAAGCCACAAGUUUAUGUAUUCCGUACGCUCAAAAACUAGGAGUUCAGCAGUGAAACACCGACGUUAGUCGACUUUUGACAGACUGAAUUUGCCCACUUUGAACUUUUUAUUCUACUAUUUAUACAUACCCACCCAGUGUGUCUUUCCAACUGAACCGAUUAAAUUCGUUUGCUUGCGUUCCACAGCAUCCAAUGAUAGGCCGGCGUCUACAGGCCAUGCCUUCCCAAGUUGCGAUUUUUGAUGUGUCAGCCAAUUGGAGGACCCUCAUCACCUUGUUGGAAUCUCGAUGGCGUUUUAUAGAGUUGGUCCGGGUCUGUCUUUAAAGAAGCUUCUUUUCUAUUGAGAGGCAGCGUUUGGAUCCGAAGUAGGCAAUGCGUGAAGUCGAACGAUGCCACGUCAUAAUUUUGGAAAUAUCGCCGACUAAGACCAGAGAGACUGCUUGUUAGUCAUCGUCCUUUGAUACUCGAUCCUUAGAAUGGGCAAUGUAAGGGGUUGGAACCAUGGUUUAGCUGAUUUAAAGCCAAACGCUCUGUCACUUUAUCAAACUCUAUCGACCACAAUUACUUGGUCGUUGUGUUCAGUGAUACAGCCUCAUUGUAGAGUGGAAUUUUGAUGUUCCAUCUUGCCUUGGGGCUUCCGCCUGGAGCUCUCCUAAACAGUAGUAUGACGAUGACCAGACGACACAGUCACGGGGACCGGCUUAUUUGGACGUCUAAACACAACGGGGAAAUGGGAACGCUCCGCCCAAGUAAUAAAGAUGGACCUGUGCAUUAUUAUAGAAAGGGCAAAAUAUUCCUGUGUCCCAACUCCAACAAUAACCUGAAUAUGAAACUAAACCGUUGCUCCUAUCUUGACCCGCACCCCUCCUUAAACCUUAAAUCUGCAGUUAGCACUAGCCUUUACCUUAAACAUAAACAUGAUCCUGACUUACCUGACCAUUAACUUUAAAUCUAGCCUCAAAUCUAAUCCUUAACGUAAUCCUAACCUUAAACCUAAUCCUAAUUUCACUGGAGGCUGGCUCAAAGCCACCCGUAUUGCAGGCGGUUCCUGUUCUCGUGCCAUGUUUAGGGUUGACAUAAGUCAGUCCUACCCGGCAGUAGUGAAGUAUUACUAAGACUAAAUGAUCAUCUAUGGCCAGCGACCGAUCAAUGUUCGACAUCUUCGAUUUAUCCGUACCGCAAAGGCUAGCAAUGUUCAAUUUAACGAUCGGCGUACUUUUUAGGAUUCGAGAGUUGCGAAAAUUCCCAUAGCAGUAACCAGAAGACGAGGUGGCGAGCAUACGUAGCUUUCGAUAAAUUCUCGUCGGGCCAGUACAUUCAUAUCACGUCAGUGAUAAGAUAAAUCGAUAAGAUAAAUAUCGUCAAGAUAAAUCGACUAAAGUUCGCCUUGAAACACAGGCUGGGUGUGGGGAAGGGGGGGAGAGUGGUAAUAGUAGUCACUGUCGGGCGUGGUAGGAGCGGAAGGGGGCGGGAGAGUUGUAGUGUUAGUCGACCUUCGACCACUGUAGGCGCGGAACCUGAACGUGGUUCUUCUGUGCUCACAAGGUUGGUUUUCGCAACCUGAUGGUGGCCGCCUCUGCUGUUGCUAACAGGCGCUGUCCCAGUGGUUUUUAGGUUUCCCUUAAAAUUGAGCCCUCGGCAGUACCAGCGAUUUCUCCGCAAAUUUAGUGCUUUUCGUUCUUUGCCAACGUAGAGCAUGCUUGAAUUUGCCAUGUUCACUUUGACAGACUGGACGUUCAAUCAUAGCUUAUUGGUAACGAAUCACUGACGCUCUAAAAAACACCUGUUUAUAGGAAUAGAAGAAUCGGGUGUCUCAACUUGCCGACGCUGCCUCAAAUAGCAGUGAGCAAGGUCGGUAGGGCAUUAGUUUCGUGUUCGUUUUCUGACUAUUCGCCCGCGAGUCAUUCGUCGACCUCACCUACAAUUUACUCUGGGAAAUGAAGGUACUAUUCUGUCUAUUGCAUUGGGUUUCCAUUGUUUGCACUACCGCAAACUGCACUCCAAUUCAGUUUGGAUUACCAGCUUUCUAGACAGUCAUGCCUUCUCCAACAUAUUUUUUAGCUGGACGAACGUCGCAAAAAACGCGAGGUUCCCGACUACCUAUGCGGCCAAAUCAGCUUUGAGUUGAUGCUCGACCCCGUCAUCACACCCAGCGGUAUCACCUACGACCGGCGUUCUAUCCGUGCCCACCUCCAGCAGGUGGGCCAUUUCGAUCCGAUAACUCGCCAGCCUUUGACCUACGAUCAACUCAUCCCCAAUCUUGCGAUGAAGGAGGUUGUAUCCAAGUUCCUGGAGGAAAAUCCUUGGGCUGAGGGCUACUAA